AAUUCACAACUAGUCCAAAAAAUUGUGACAAUUUUUUAACGCGAUAGUAACCUUUGUGGUGGAGCUCGAAACUAAGCAAUAGUGGUAAUUAACGCGGACCAGUGAAGCACAAUUCCGAUGAAAAAUAAGCUCAUCGUUUCUGCUAAUCACAGCUGAUUGAUCAGAACGAAGCACAUGUGAGACACUUUGUAUACCACGGAACAAUAUUUACCUCUGCGGUCCAGUUAACGACCAAUCACCUAAAUCACAGUGUUAAUGUUAUCGUUCAAAACUUGCUUCCGAAUAGCAGUCAAAAUUAGCGCUCAGCGGACUUUAGUAAGGAAUUUCAAAGCAGUUUUUACGUUACCAACCAGGACGAAACAUUGCAGCUAGCUGGACGCAGUGAAAGUUUUGUGUAAACGGAAUAAAUCCUACAGAAAAGAAACGAGUCAUCUCAAAAGUGUCCAAGGUGUUAAAAUCAGCUGACCGUGCCGCUACUCAACCGCUGUUACCUCCAAACCGCCGUCUUACGAUUCGCAACAGUAGAUUGAUAGUUGUAAUUCACCCACAACGGUAUAGAUCGACGUACUUUUGAUCGAUUGAAGUCUAUUCUUAUCGGAAGAGAAGGGAAAACAAACAUCUGCUCGUAUACAUAGGAUGGUAGAAGGUGAAAACGAUUCCAGUAAUUCAAAGUAUAUCGAUGUAAAGGACGAUAGAGUAGCAAACGGCGUCGGUUCCCCAGAACACCCGCAUACCGUCGUAGUUCCACUGGAAAAGCUAAGCAAAGCGGAUCACAUCCACCAAACUGGACUUCAGAUCGUCGCCUCGAAGCAACAGGACAAGUCGUCGCUCGAUCCUGAGCGAGGCUACUCCGGCAAAGCUGACUUCGAGCAGGCGAUAGAACUUACUGGUUAUGGCAGAUUUCACUACAUUCUACUAGCAAUAUGCGGUCUCGUGAGCACCAGCGAGGAGAUGGACGUCAUCUCGAUGUCCUUCAUCCUACCGUCAGCCCAGUGCGAUCUCGACCUGAAUACUCAAUCCAAAGGAUGGCUCAAUUCGAUUAUCUUCAUUGGCAUGAUGGUUGGAGCCUAUAUCUGGGGAAGCGUUGCCGACUCGCUGGGUAGGAAAAAAGUUCUGAUCGUCAUUUCGAUUAUGAACGCUCUUUGCAUCGUGGCAUCCUCCUUCUCACAGACGUACGAAGUUUUCAUGGUUUUCCGUUUCCUCAAUGGAGCUGCGCUGGGCGGUAGUGGGCCAGUGAUUUGGUCAUACUUUGCCGAGUUCCAACCAAAAGCAAAACGAGGAUCUAUGCUCAGUUUCAUGGCUGCUUUCUGGACUAUUGGAAAUCUACUUGUUGCUGGUUUAGCCUGGCUCAUUAUACCAACCAGUAUCGGCAUUUAUACUCCGACUUUCACCUACAACUCCUGGCGUAUUUUCCUUAUGGUGUGCUCUAUUCCCUCAUUCAUUGUGGCAGCACUUCUUCUUUAUCUACCAGAAUCUCCCAAGUUCCUUAUCUCUCAGGGUAAAACCGAUAAAGCUAUGGCCAUUUUCCGAGGCAUCUACGUUACUAAUACAGGAAAAUCGGCCGACCUGUAUCCCGUCAAGGAACUUCUCAUUGACGAAAAGCUCAAAAACGAAUUGGAAGAAGUAAAAAAGCCCAUCAAAAACAAGUACAAAAGAAUGCUGUUCAAUAUCAUGGACAAUAGCAAACAGCUCUUCGUGUCUCCAAUUCUUAAGUUUACCACAAUCUCAAUUACGAUCAAUUUUACGUUCCAUAUUGGUUACUACGGUCUUAUGAUGUGGUUCCCGGAGCUCUUCAAUCGUUUCGACGAAUACAUAAGAGCCCACCCUGAUGUAGAAAGUGCCUCGGUAUGCCAAGUGACAGACUAUGUCGUAAAGCAAGGAUCACAUUCCGAAAUUGGCGUUUGUUCAGCGUCCAUCCCAAGUACGGUAUUUUUGGAGUCACUUAUUACUGUAGCCGCCGCGCUCCCAGCUAACAUCAUCGCGGUUUUGGGCAUGGAUAAACUAGGUAGAAAAUUCUUCCUAGUGUUCAGCACAAUGGCAGCUGGUUGCUGUUCUGCCUCAAUGUAUUUCGUAACCAACAAACACCAGAAUCUUGCCGUUUCGGCUGUUUUCAGCGGCGUCAUUUCCAUGGGCAAUGCGUCACUGGAUUGUUUAAUAACUGAAGUCUUUCCAACGAAUUUAAGAGCUACGGGUGUGGCUAUCUCAAUGGUAGCAGCACGACUUGGCGGUAUCAUCGGCAAUGUCGUAAUUGCAACGCUAUUGGAUAUGUACUGUCCAGCUCCAACGUUUAUAGUGGCCGCUCUACUGGCUGGAGGCGGCCUGAUGUGCCUUUUCUUACCUAAUACAACUAGGACCGCAUUAUCUUAAGCACCCACCCGCCAUGAAAACAAAGACCGAUUCUCCAUUUUUUUUAUUUUUUAUUUUAAUAAACAACAGAUUAUCUCGAAAUUGAAAAAUUCGAAAUAAACCUUAUGCAAAGCUUUUAUACAACAAAACAUUAUGUCUGCUGGAUCAAACCUCAAUCACUAGUUGCUAUACAUUUUGUUAUGAUAAAUACUUGUAUCACUGUUUAGUUAUUAAC